AUGCCCAAAAACCCUAAGUUCGAAUAUGAUGCGAAGCAGCCUGCAUUCCUGCAAAAACUCCGAGGCGAGUAUGGGGACAACUCCGGUCGCCUGGAGCGGCCUGCCGUGCGAGCGACCCGACUGAAGGUCAACAAGGAUGACGAUGACGACGAGCCUAUUUAUGUCGACGAAGAAAGCAACGAGGUGAUUUCCAAGGAGGAAUACAAGACACUGGUGGGUGGGAGCGAAUCCAAAGGAGAAGAGAAGGACGAUCCGGCAAAGGACAAGUCUGGGGAUGAAACCCACCCCCAGGCAGAAGCCAGCAAGCAGAGCAAUCUCACCGAAGUUGGAGGCCAGCGAAAGCGAAAGCAAGUCAAAGUGGUGGGGGAAGGCAAUGCAGAAGUAAAAGCAGAGGCAGAGGGAGAAGAGCAACCCAAGCCGACUACAAAGAAGCCAAAGAAAGCCAAGAAGAUCAAGCUCUCAUUCGACGAGGAAUGA